GGACUUUCAAAAGAAAAUUACUCUUCAUGGACAUGAGAAACAGGCAGCAUAUGAUGAUCUUCGCUUUCUUUCAAGUUCCAGCAUGUCCACAAUACUUUCAGAAUUAGAAAUGGAAGAUCAGCUUGUGAGCUCAGCGAUUCAAGCAAGAAAAGAAGUCAUGGGAAAGGUUAGAGAAAGGCAACAACAAAUAAUUCUUGUUGCAUCAUUGCUUGAUCGAAUUCCCAAUCUUGCUGGGUUAGCAAGGACUUGUGAGGUGUUUAGGGCCGCGUGUCUUGCAGUUGCUGAUACAAGUAUUAUGCAGGACAAACAGUUCCAACUUAUAAGUGUCACAGCUGAGAAGUGGAUACCAAUCAUAGAGGUUCCAGUUUGCAGCAUUAAAGUUUUUCUAGAGAAGAAAAGGAGAGAAGGAUUCUCCAUUCUGGGCCUGGAGCAAACUGCAAAUAGCACAGCGCUGGACCAGUUUGCCUUCCCAAACAAAACGGUUUUAGUGCUGGGACGAGAAAAGGAGGGGAUUCCUGUAGAUAUUAUUCAUGUUUUAGAUGCUUGUGUUGAGAUUCCUCAGCUGGGUGUAAUCAGAUCACUCAAUGUUCAUGUAAGUGGUGCCAUUGCUCUAUGGGAAUACACUCGCCAGCAAAGGAGCAGGCAGCAGUGAUAUGUUACUGAAUUCUCUAAGGUUUUAUUUGGGACAGCUUUUGUGCUACUUUUUAAAACGGCUUUUUAGUACAAAAAUUUCAAAUUCAAGAAAUUUUUGUGCUAGAAAGCUGUUUUAAAAAGCAAGAAGAAAACCAGCGCAAACGGCUUUUUUACUGCUUAUUAAAGCAGCUUUUUAGUAUAAAUUUUUUAAUUUUUGUACUUGAAAGCUGCUUUAUGAAACAGUAAGAAAGCCGUCUCAAACGAAGCCGAAGUCAAUAUUGAUGAUGUUUGGAACACCAAAUGUUUUUUCAUCUUUUUAUUUUUCUUUCAACAGAAGCUUGAUUUUGAAAAUUGUUAAGAUGAAAUUAUGUAUUUGUAUUUUAUUGGAUUUCUUUUGCAAACCUUUGGUAU